UCAAACGGCCAUCAGAAGAUGACGAGCAGGCGAGCGGACAGACCGCGAUCAUGAGCUGCUCUCUUCGCGCAGACACAGCCGCGACACGUUCAGCGCGUUUGGCCCGGAUCUGACGCAUCGCCCCCCCGCAGCAGCCUCUUAUGGACGCCGAGCGGAGCGGAGCCGCGGUGAGCUGCUGAAGCAGGGGAACUUCUUCUCAGCGCCUGACCGUCUUCCCCCUCGUUCCGCCGCACACAGCAGCCUCGCCCUCUCUCCCCAUGAAAAACACUCUCUGGAGCGGCGCGAUGAUGUCGAGCAAAAGCGCGGAGUGGCUGCAGGACGAGCUGCAGUCCGGCGGCGGAUCGCUGCUGCUGCUCGACUGCCGCUCGCACGAGCUCUUCGAGUCCUCGCACAUCGAGUCCGCCAUCAACCUGGCCAUCCCGGGACUCAUGCUGCGGAGGCUGAAGAAGGGCAACCUGCCCAUCCGCUCCAUCAUCCCCAACAACGAGGACAAGGAGAAGUUCGCCCGGCGCUGUAAGACGGACACGGUGCUGCUGUACGACGAGGCGACGGCGGACUGGCAGGAGAGCGGAGCGGGCUCGGUGCUCGGGCUCCUCAUGCACAAGCUGCGGGACGACGGCUGCAGAGCCUUCUACCUGGAAGGAGGGUUUAACAAGUUUCAGACUGAGUAUCCAGAGCACUGCGAGACGAGUCUGGACUGCUCCUGUCCGAGCAGCUCUCCGCCCGCGUCCGUCCUGGGGCUCGGGGGUCUGCGGAUCAGCUCGGACUGCUCCGACGGCGAGUCGGACCGGGAACCGGGCAGCGCCACCGAGUCCGAGGGCAGCCCGCUGCCCAGUAACCAGCCAGCGUUCCCAGUCCAGAUCCUGCCCUAUCUGUACCUGGGCUGUGCCAAAGACUCCACCAACCUGGACAUCCUGGGCAAGUACAACAUCAAGUACAUCCUGAACGUGACCCCCAACCUGCCCAACAUGUUCGAGCACGACGGGGACUUCAAGUACAAGCAGAUCCCCAUCUCGGAUCACUGGAGCCAGAACCUGUCUCAGUUCUUCCCUGAAGCCAUUUCUUUCAUCGAUGAAGCUCGUUCCAAAAAUUGCGGCAUCUUGGUGCACUGCCUAGCGGGCAUCAGUCGCUCGGUCACCGUCACGGUGGCGUACCUGAUGCAGAAGCUCAACCUGUCGCUCAACGACGCCUACGACUUCGUCAAGCGCAAGAAGUCCAACAUCUCGCCCAACUUCAACUUCAUGGGGCAGCUUUUGGACUUCGAGAGGACACUGGGGCUCAACAGCCCCUGCGACAACCGCUCGACCCCCAACGACCAGCUCUUCUUCACCACGCCCACCAAUCACAACAUGUUCCAGCUGGACACGCUGGAGUCCACAUGAAGGCCAGCAGAGGAAGCUGGGUGGGAGCAGCCACCCUUUGAAUGUUUGUCUCCCGUCUCCAGGGGAGCUUUAGACCUGGAGGACAGGCCAGCAGCCGCGGCGAGGGGAGGACGGAGGGUGGUUAAGCACACGGGCCCCUCUCAAGCCCUCCGGUGGAUUUAAAUGCAGCUUUUCUUGCCUUUAUGGAACAGACUGUUCUUUUUUUGAUACACGAGAAGAAUCGCGAGACUUUUGCACAGCGCUUCGCUCCCAGAGAACGAAGCGUUGACUGCCGUGCCAUGCCCUCAGCCUCCCGUCUCGAAGGGUGCCCUCAUACCGUCUGGGAUUUAGCUUUUCCGACCGGAGGAGAAUGUAGGCUUGGAUUGGUUCUUUUCUCAGAGCAGAGACCGAAGUGGCAUCACGGAGGUGCUCUACGUAUUCAGUACAUGCAGUCUGUCUGUUUCUCUAUCUUUUCUAUGUUUCCUCACACGGACAAAACACGCAGAACCAUGUGUUGGUAACCAAACCCACACAAACAUAGUGAGCCCUCCCCCUCUUUAUUUUCUCUCUCUCUCUCCCGCGUUUGCAAUGACCUAAUGCGUUUUGCACAGUGGCAAAGCCUUUCUCUUCUUGGCACUUAAAAGCGGUACUCCAACACACACAGAAAGAGACAUUCAGAGGUCCCGCGGAGCUGCCAGUCCUAGGCUGCGACGAGGCCGCGCAGCUGCGUGGGGCGCUCGGGACGACGCGUGCACUUAAAGCUCAUUGUUCCUUAACUGCAAACGACAGAUCGGCGUUUGUGUCCUAGCCACGAGUCCCGACUUCCGGGCUCGCUCACCUUCUGGCCUUGCCGAUUCUCGUUACAGUAUGAAUAUAUUGUAUUAAAUUCUACGUAAGAGUAUAUCUGUUCACUCGACGUAUUUGAGCAUGCGAUCCUCUGCAGGCGCGGCACGUCACCGAAUGUUGAGGACUGUUUUUUUAACUACUCUUGCUGCUCCCGGGCAGCAGACAGUGUGUAGCGAGGGCGUUCCUGACCACGGGAACGAGCGACUGGACCCGAGCGGACGAGUGCUUGAGUUAACAGGGUUGCUUUAAGCUGGCCUUAUAUAACCUUUUUAAUUCUUUCCUACUCUGACUGUUCAAUACUCUCUUUGUAUCUCACUUUAAAAAUCGUUGUAUUACGAAGACGUUUGUUCAUUUUUAAAGAAACCGAUGUGUAGUAGUAAUAAUAGACGACUAAUGUUCUUUAACGGGUCAGUCAAGGUUGUAUUUGUUACUCUGCAAUAUACUCAACAACACUUUGCAGUAUUUUCUAGAAAAUGGCCUCGGGUUUUUGACUCCUCUACUUUUGAUACUAGAGAUCCACAGAGAUAGAGCUUGAAACGGAGGCAGAUUUUCGCCCGGGGUGUCCGGAGCGCGUCUGGGUGCUGGGUUUCAUCCGAUUUGGUUUGUGCCACAGAUGUCCUUAAUAUACAAUAUAUGUGCUAUAUACUGAUUCCUGUGGCCUUUUCAUGUCUC